UAUAUAGUUAUAUGUAUAUAGUUUUGUGCGCUCUCACAUAUAACUUAGGAUUGUGCACGAAGAGACACAAAGAAAGAGAGAGAUAUGACAACAGAAGUGCUGAAAAUUUAUGGUGAUCGCAAGUCCCAACCUACGCGUGCUGUCAUGUUGUUCUGCAAUCUUAAUGGAAUUGAGUUCGAGGAGCAUACAAUUGAGCUUUUCAAUCAAGAACACUUGUCCCCUGAAUUUCAAGAGAUAAAUCCUGUAAGAGAAAUUCCUGUCAUUUUUCAUGGGGAUUUGAGGUUGUUCGAGAGUCAUGCAAUCCUCAUCUACCUAGCCUCCGUCUUUCCUGAUGUUGCAAAUCAUUGGUAUCCAGCGGAUGCAAAGAAGAGGGCUCUAGUGCAUUCGGUGUUGGAUUGGCAUCAUUGCCAUUUACGCCGUGGUGCAAUGGGAUAUCUCUUGAAUACAAUACUCGCCCCAGCACGCGGCCUUACUAUGAAUCCUCAAUCUGCUGCUGAAUGUGAAAAGAUAUUGAAUUCGGCGUUGUGGCAUAUGGAGUCUUUCUGGCUUAAGGAUACAGGAAAAUUCUUACUGGGUUAUGACCAACCAUCUAUAGCUGAUCUUAGCCUUGUAUGUGAACUUAUGCAAUUUGAGGUUUUGGAUGCAGAAGAGAAAAAUAAUAUUUUCAGCCCGUACAAGAAAGUUCAGCAAUGGAUUGAAAACAUCAAAGAGGCUACAAGGCCUCAAUUUGAUGAUGUUCACAAACAUCUUCUGUUUGAGGAUCGCCCUCGAUUUAGAGAAGCUGUUGGUAGGAGUGCAAGCUAAUUAAUCAGUUGUUCUUUGUUAAUAAGCUCCCGUAAUUGUUUGUUUGUUUGUUGUAUGAUGUUCACGAACUGAUACAGCUGAAAAAUAACAGAGCAAUUAAGGGAAUAUUAUAUAAAAUAAUUUCUGGAGUA